UAGAAAAAAAACUGUCCAUAAUCAAGACUGUAGAAAGGAUAUCUUACUUCGAUUUUUGCGUGCAAACCCGAACCGUCUUUACCAAUUAGCUAUGUCUGAUAUUCAAACGCUCAUGGACAUGGGGUUUCCCAAGGAGAAAGCGGAACGGGCACUGGAAGUGACUAACCAUAAAGGUGUCGAGCAGGCCAUGGAAUGGCUCCUAGCUCACGCCGACGAACCUCUGCCACCGGCAUCGGGGGCCGAGGGAAAUAACCCAUCCGCUGGCGGGGAAUCGGCACCCGAAUCAUCGAGCAGCACAACGGAGGAUACGCCCGUGGCAAAGUCGCUCAAAUGUGACGAGUGUGGUAAGCUGUUCAAAUCUCAGGAAGAGGUAGAAUUCCAUGCGGCAAAAACACAGCACGGUAGCUUUUCGGAAUCUACCGAAGAGAAGAAGCCGCUAACCGAGGAGGAAAAGAAGGCACAGCUGGCCCUGCUGGAGGACAAGAUGCGCCGCAAGCGACAGGAGCGAGAGGAAAACGAAAAGAAAGAAGCGAUGGAGCGGGAACGACUGCGCAUCAAGUCGGGCAAGGAUAUGCUCGAAGCCAAGCGCCGGAUGGAGGAGCAGGAGAUGAAGAAACUGAUGGACCAGCGCAGGAGGGAGAAGCUGGAAACGCAACAGGCCCGUGACCGAGUGCGGGCACAGAUUGAAUCCGAUCGGGCGGCCAGAAAGGCGAAAGAUGGAGGAGAGACUACUGCCGUCUCACCAACGUCAACCACUGCCCCACCGCCAGUAGCAACUCCCUCGUCCACGACCCCACCCACUCCCAAACCAGCUACGGAGACAAAAAGUUACACCACCGCAAAGAUUGCCCUGCGAAUGAUGGACGGCAGUCAGAUGGUGCAAACGUUCCAAGCCGGCGAGCAGCUUGCAGCCGUGCGACUGUUUGUGCAGCUCAAGAUGGAGUCGCCCGACACAGCCUUCGGACUGAUGACUAACUUUCCAAAGCGAGUGUUCACUGACGAGGAGUACGAUAUGCCACUGGACAAGUUGGGUCUGGUACCGAACGCCGUACUGAUCGUCACGAAGGCCCCCUAGAUCUAUUCCGUCGGCGAGCUGCUAGCAUUUUAAAUGUAUCGAUGAAUUCUCGGUUCGUUUCGGCCUAUUUGUGAUCUAUUGCGAUAUAAAGAAACGGGCUAUCUGAAUGCCGGAGUUGGUGACAAUUA